AUGGUUAUAAUAAAAAAACCGUCUCAAAGGUCUCUGUACUUUCAGUACGUAUUCUUAAUUGCUUUAACCAUAAUAUCGUCCGUAAUUUCAUUUGCUUUCUUUUUAUCGUUAUUCGAUAUUACAUUAUUUAAAUCAAAUCGGCAAAUAUUUUUUGAAAAUGAAUAUGUUAAUCCAACAAAAGAUCGUACUUUAUUUUACGAUUUUAAUUAUGAGAAUAAGACAAGAGAAAAUGGUGCAAUAGUUGUACUUGUUAGAAAUGAAGAAUUAUCUAGUUUAAUGUCUUCUAUGAGACAAUUUGAAGAUAGAUUUAAUAAAAAAUUUCAGUAUCCGUAUGUAUUCUUAAAUGAUAAAGAAUUUACUAAAGAAUUUAUUGAGUCAACAAAAGCAAUGACAAAUGCCGAGACAAAAUAUGGUUUAAUACCGGUAGAAAUGUGGAGUUAUCCAUCUUGGAUAAAUCAAACUGAAGCAUUAUAUGCUCGUAAGAAAAUGGAGGAAGAUAAAGUAAUAUACGGUGGUUCGGAGUCUUAUCGUCAUAUGUGCCGAUUCAAUUCCGGAUUCUUUUUCCGUCAUCCACUUAUAGAACAAUAUGAUUACUAUUGGAGAUUAGAACCCGGAGUUGAAUUCAUGUGUGAUAUAGAUUAUGAUGUAUUUAAAUUUAUUAAAAAGAACAAUAUAACAUAUGGCUUUACGAUCGCACUUAUGGAAGUAAAAGAGACUAUUCCUACUUUAUGGGAUACAGUUAAAGAAUUUACAAAAGAAUAUCCUGAAUAUAUGAAUAAAAAUAGUGCUAUGAAAUUCAUAUCCAAUACAGGAAAAAAUUAUAACAUGUGCCAUUUUUGGAGUAAUUUUGAAAUCGGAGAUUUAAAUUUCUGGAGAAGCGAAAAGUAUAUUAAAUUUUUUGAAUUCUUAGAUAAAGCUGGAGGAUUUUUUUAUGAAAGAUGGGGAGACGCACCAGUUCAUACAAUUGCACUCGCAUUAUUCCUAGAAAAAAAUCAAAUACAUUUUUUUAAUGAUAUAUCAUACAGACAUGAUCCAUUUGAACAUUGUCCCAUUGAGAAAGAUGUUCAUGAAGGGGGAAAAUGUCAUUGUAAUCCUGAAAAAACAUUUGAUUUACAUGGGUUCUUGUUUACCAUAUUGGUUUUCACUUUAAUCAAAAGACAUUGUUAA